GCCCAGCACUGACCGGUGUAUUAUGUAAAGAAUCAUUGUCCAAUCCUCGUCUGGAGACUGGAGAUAAAGAUACAAAAAGGAGGAGGUCGGUCAGGCCUAGGGUUUUACGGCAGGUUUUUGAAGCAGUUUGGAAUUACAAUUCAAAGUCAGUCGUUGUUCCAGCCGGAUCGAGUUCUUGUUCUGAAGAGAGAUUGUAAAGAUGUUUCCGGGGAUGUUUAUGAAGAAACCAGACAAAGCUGAGGCUCUGAAGGAGCUGAAGAAGCACGCAGCCAUGUUCGGUGCUUGUGUCCUUGCGGUUCGGGUCGCCCCGUACAUUCUUCACUACUUCUCCGACGAUAAAGAUGUCUUGCAGCUCGAUUUUUAAUUACUGUUCCUGGGUCUCUUUUUUUCUGUUCAGUUGAUACCGGGGAACAGGGGAGUGUGGCUGUGAGUGGGCAAGGAAGAAAGCUCUUUUGAUGUUCUUACGCAUCUUCAUACUUAAUUUUAGCCCUUAUAUAAGCUGUGAACCGUGAAGAAUUGUAUUUUGAUUAUUACUCUAUGGUAGUAAAUGGGCAUUGACAGCUCUGAUAGUUGAGAUCCUUUGGCUUCUGGUUGUUUCUUUUACAUUGCUUUUGAAGUUUGUUGCAUGUGAGCUCAUAAACUACCUGAAUAAAAUAGAACAUAAAAGAGGGGAAAUUUGAGGGUUACAAUUUGGAUUAUUGCUUAACCACUCAGAAGUUACCAAGUCCCUCUCCUACCUGGAAUAUUGGUCACGUUUAUGGGUUGUAAGUUGAAAGUGAUUUUGCAAACUAUGUGUACAAGUGGGCUACUUUACAACCUUUAUUGAAGUGUUCAUCUUGUCAUUCAUGUUCUAAGAUGAACCCAAAAUUUGUGGUUGCCCUUGCAUCUGCUCUUCCGAAUUGAUUGUGAUGGAUUGUGAUACCCUCGCAGCCUUUCGUCUCUACAGGUGUCUUAGAAUCAAACAAGCAAACUCCUACAAGAGUUGACUUUUCAUGGCAUCUGAGUGUUUCUUUAAUUGCUUUUUUCGCCAUUUCCUGUAUAGAAAAAGAGAAGCUUGACGGCGUUUCAUUUUCAUAUUAUUAACCUACGUUUAUGAAGGCCUCUAAGCUAGAGUUGAAGUUGUUAUCUGGUCAUUUUUGCCCACGUCAAUCCUCCUGUGAACGUUAGAUUGUGCAAAAAUGUAACUUGGUUGAUUGUCCUUAAGAUGCAUGAUUGACAUUAUUUUGGUCACUUAAUUUCUCAGUGAACAAGACGGAUUACCAGUCGAUAUAAUUGUACCUUCCUUUCGUGACCUUGCCAUGACCGAAACGUUAUCUUGGAUGAUUUAAUUCCUUUCAGCAACCUAUACUGUACAACAAAUAUUCAAUUCUUUUAUUCUUUUUUCUCAUAAAUCUGUGUAUGAGUUAUUACGCUUCUUCUUCUUCUUCUUCCUCCGGAAGUAGUUAUCCCGUUCGAAAUGUCGGCAAAGUAAGAGCCGCGAAAAAUAAAGUAUGCUGUGCUGGUCCACUGAUUUGGAUAGAGUCGUUUUCAUCGUUCUGAUGCAUCUCUUUUUAUAUUCCCAUUUUUCUCCCUUUGCCAGAAUAAGCCUAAUAAAAAUGUAUAUAUAUAUUGUUUCUUCGUUCUACGAUGAAAUAAAAAGAUGCUAAAAAUAGAGUUAGGCGAAGUAAUGAAGUCCAAGUGUCCUCAUCUUAAACCAGUCAUCGUUAGCUUGCUUGUCUCUUUGUGCUAACUCAUUUUCACUCACCAGAAAUGACAACUAAAAAACUUGAUCACAACUCCAGCUUCACUUGUAGGAAGGUAAAAACCGAGGAAAUUAAGACUUACCUUAAUUGCUUCAAAAGGAGUUUUCCAGUGUUUUCAUUCUAAAUGUAAUUUUAUUAAGUGAUUCAGGGAAAAAGGGUAGGUAGAAGAAACCACCAAUUCACCAGCUUCUUUUUUUUUCAUCCCUCUCCUUUUCAUAAGAACUCCCUUUUUACCAAAAAGAACAGACCAAUAUCCUAGCAUCUCGAGAGAUAAACCAAAAUCCUGGAGAAUUCUUCAAGUUCCUCACAUGUGGUCAGCAGGUGGAAUAACUGAAUACCAUUUCUGGAAUUCGUUUUGGGAGUUUUAUGAUGAAGUUGGCAGGCAAAGUUUCUAAAUCACUACAUCAAGGCCUCCCUUAUAAAGAACCUCAACAGGGGAGGAGUCCAUGGCCAUGAUCCUGAUAUUCUUCGUCCUGAUUUUCUGCUGAUUCCUGGGAUUCUUUUUUUUCCCCAAUCCCAUCCCAUGUUAUUGAAGCAACCACAGAAUCCAAUCAUCCACAUUCGAUGUCUAGACAACAUGUACCUGGUUCCAUGGGGACCAGCGCCAGCUUAAUUUUGAGGAUUGGACAGGUCAUCUUCUCCUCUGCUUCUCUUCUGUUCAUGUCUUUGGGAGUCGAUUUCUACAGCUAUACCGCCUUCUGUUUCCUGGUGACAGUCAUGGGUCUGGUCAUUCCAUGGAGUGUCACUCUGGCAUUGCUGGAUGGAUAUUCAAUUUUAGCGAAAUGCCCUGUUCGUCAAUUGGGAAUUCUCCUGGUUAUUGUUAUCGGAGAUUGGGUGUUAUCAAUCCUGACAUUAGCUGCAGCAAGCUCAACAGCUGGAAUAGUGGAUCUAUUGCUCCGAGCAGAUGAGUCUUUCUGUCCUCCCAAAUACUGCAGUAGAUACCUGUUAUCCUCCAUGUUAGCCUUCUUAUCUUGGUUCUUCUCUUUGGGGUCAUCCCUUUUUAAUCUUUGGCUACUCCCUUCUUUGUAACUAGCCUUUGCCAUUUCCCAUGGUUCAACUGCAUUUCUUUCCCCAGUUCAGGAAUCCUUGUAAAGUACUGGAUUCACACAGAAAGUAUAUAUACUGUAAUUAGCACACUAUUUUGUAGGAUUAUAUCGCAUUAAUGUAUUGAACUCAAUCCUCAUUCCCUUUUUUGAUUACAGAAAUGACGUUUAAAAAUCAGAAUAUAGUUAUAACUUUCAAUGUGGAUAAUUUUAUUUGGCCUUUUGAGAGAUGAAGGAAAGUUUAAACCUAGUGACAUUAACAUUUCUUCUGCAUGUAACGCCUAUUACACCGUGAUCAAACUACGGCCUAACACUAGCUAGUGAUUCCAAACGAGUAGAGUCAAUCCCAUUAGGUAUCAGUUGAAAACAGUCAAACACUACAAACAUAUCUCCCUCAAUGUUGCUUCUCGGUAGGCAUGAUUCUAUUCACCGAACCAAUCUCGCCAAAUCAGCUCCUUUAUGCCAUUGAUCAACCCUUUCAUGUUGCUAUGUUUUUGUAGUUCCUAGAUGCAGUAUAUCUAUUCUCCCCUCCUCCCAAGUUUUAAGAGCCACUAGUGCCAUCUGGAUUUAUAUAGCCUUAUGGGCCAUUUAAACCGUAAAAAUCCAAAUCUGUUUCAUGGGAAAUGGACUGGGUUUUAUUGGGACUAUCGAACUACAUAUAUAGACAGUAGACUUGUACUUAAUUGGAUCGCUAAAGCCCAUUGUUCACAGUAUGCACUAGUACGAAAUGACAAUUGGAGUGAGUCGUACCAUUUGACCAAAAUGAUCAAUUUUUCAAGUCCAAACUAGU